AUAAAUUAUUUUAUAAAAUUCAAAAUGUAUUUUAAGCGUAACACAUUGAGAAUUCUGUUGUUUGUGGGCUUUGUUUGCUGUAGUUUUGUGACCGAAACCGAAGCACAUUGCUCACUGGAUGAUAUGAGGAGAUAUGCCAUGGAAGCGUGUGAACAUCUGUUUUUAUUAGACGAAGGAGCUAGAGAUAAACGUUCACUUAAAAUAAACGAUCAUAUGAAUCUCAUUGAUGAUGAAUUGGAAUAUCCUAAAUACUAUUACGAUAAAAGGCACUAUAUCAGUCGCAGUAUAUAUCCAAAAGGUGGUUACCUUAAAGUCGGUCGUGAACAUUUCCACAAACUCAGCUUAGCCAAUGUAGUUCCCAAAUACAAGCCAAAAAAAAUUCACGAUCGGAAUCAUCGCUUCAAGCGUGAACAUUCGCACAGCUACAACAACAUUCCAUAUUGUUGUUACAACAGAUGCGAAGAGGAUUUCUUCUGCUAACCCUUAGUUCUAUUUAGUUUUCCAAUUAAAAUCAAAAAAUUUUCAAUUAAUUUAUUUAAAUUUAAUUAGUAUUUCAACAAAAC